CUUUUUGGCUGGGCGGUGAUUUCGAGUUUUUCAGAGCUAUUUGCAAUGGGUGCCACCUCUGGCGCAGAGCCAAGCUAUGGUUCGAACCUUGCGCGCCGCUCAAAACUGAUUCUCGGUCUCUCGGCAGCCGUGCUGGGCCUCUUCCUCGUUGCACGCAUCGUCGUCGAGGACAUUUUACCGCGAUUCGGCAUCAGUGGCGGCUCGUCCACGCUGCGAUGGUGGUGAUUCGAAUGUUUCGCGCGGUGCCGAAGCGUUUCGGACCGCGCGCGGCGCCCGCGACCGCGGUGCCGAGGCGCUUCGGGCACGCGGCACAUCCGUCGCGACGCCGCCCGUUCGCGUCCGAGCGGCUCACGGGCGUCAUGGGGCUGCCCGUCGACGCGGCGCCGGCCGACGUGAAGCGCAGAUACCGCGCGCUGGCGCUGGAGACGCACCCCGACCGCCUCCCCAGCAGCGCGACGGCCGCCGACCGCGAACGCGCCAGGCAGCGCUUCGCCCGGCUCUCGGGCGAGUACGACGCGCGCCUGAAGGGCCGACCGCCGCGCGACCCCUACGAGGGCACGCUCGACCCCGUCUCCGAGGCGGACCAGCUGCGCGCGCUCGGCUUCAUGGUGGUCGCGAAACUCGCGACGAUCUUCGUACCCAUUGCGGGGCUCGCGGCGGUCGUCGUGGCCCGCGCUAGCUAGCGCCGAGGUGCUAUUAUUUGUUGUGUUGAUA